AUGGGAUUAUUGGCUGGAGAGCAUCAGGCUGCGACUCCCAUGCCGCUACUCUCCAGAAGUUUCUUCAAAAGGCUUCCUCACUUUGAUUUCGAGGAGGUUUAUGACAUGGACGCUAAGAGCAAACAGACGACCUGUGCUCAGUCUCUGCGCAACUCUGAGGACCAGGACUUUAAGAAGGCUUUCCUUCCCAACAUAGGAUUGUUUCUGCACAAAGACAGUAUUAACAUGAGCAAGUGGAACCAACUCUCACAUUUUAACAACCCAUUUGGUUUCAUGGAAUUUCACCACGACGAUGUGAUGCCUGCAGUGAAGUUGAUCCCAAAGCCUAUAGAACCUCUUCUCUCCCCAAAGCCAGGCAGUGGUGGCUGUGUGCGCUGUGCAGUGGUGGGCGGUGCAGGGAUCCUCAAUGGCUCUAAAAUGGGGAAAGAGAUUGAUUCACACGAUUAUGUUUUUCGGAUGAACGGUGCAGUCAUCAAAGGGUAUGAAGAGGACGUAGGGAACAGAACGUCGGUGUACGUUCACACAGCUCACUCCAUCACUACGUCACUGUAUGUCUUCAAGCAGUACGGCUACACAUCGGUCCCUGCUGACGAGGAUAUAAAAUUUGUGCUGAUUCCUGAAGGAAUGAGGGAUUUCAUUUGGCUCGAGUCUCUUCUCAAAGGGGAAAAAAUUACAAAAAACUCUUAUAGAAAUGCGGUACCAAGGAAUUACUAUGCCGGGAGGUACAAUGAGAGCCGCUUCUAUGUUCUGCACCAGGACUUUCUCAGAUAUGUGCGAAACAGGUUCUUACUGUCUGCUCAAUUGAACAACUCAUACUGGGCCAUUGUCAGACCAACCAAUGGGGCGUUCACUCUCUUCCUGGCUCUGCACACCUGUGACACAGUCAGUGCAUAUGGAUUCAUGACCGAGAACUUUGAGAAAUACUCCAACUACUAUGUACAAAGAAAUAUUAAAACCAGGGUUAUAUUCUAUGCCAACCACGACUAUUAUCAGGAGAUGAGAAUGUGGAAAAAACUGCACCAGAGCAAAAUAUUAAAACUGUAUGAACGACUGGAAUCAGAGAGUGUGACUGAGAAGCCACACUGA